UCACUGCGAAACAGUUGUGCUGUAUUUUGACCGAAUGGCGCUAUCACACGAAAGAGUAAAUCCAAACGAGCAUUUGAGCAUUCCCGAAUGGAUCACUGAAAAGUAUUUCCAAACAGUCCUCGAUAAGGACGAGCCGGACCAUGUGAAAGUAUUGAAAUUCACACCCGUGGCAGCUAUACCGCCCGGCGAGAACUUCACCUCCAUAAUGCUGCGCAUAUACAUUGACCUAGAAAUGAAAGAUGCCAGCACAAAAACAAAAACUUAUAUCCUCAAGACAAUGCUGCCCCGCGAACAGGGCGGAGCUGAAAUCGAGUUGCUUGGUAUGUUCCCAAAGGAACAGAAAAUGUACGAAACAUAUCUGCCCGCCUUCGAGGCGCUCUAUAAGGCAGCCGGCGAAGACAUCCAAAUAGCUCCCAAGUGUCUGCAUACGGAGCAACGCGAGGGAUGCAUCCACUUCAUAUUCGAAGAUCUGAGCACCAGGAAAUUCCAGAAUGUUGAUCGAUUAAAGGGCUUGGACAUGGCUCACAUGACUAGAGCCCUCCACAAACUGGCGGAGUUCCAUGCAGCGGGCAGCGUAUAUGAAGAACAAAAUGGUCCCUACUCAAGCGAGUUCCUUGAGGGAUAUAUUGCACUAAAGAGCGAAAAGUUCACGAAACAAGGUUUUCAACUGAGAGAGAGAUCCUUUAAAAAGUCUAUGGCUACAUGGGGCAUGAAGGAUGCCGAAAAAUAUAUUAAAGACUUUCCUUCUUUAGACCAGUAUUGGGCCAUGUGUAGCAAGAGUCUGGAUGUGGAUCCGUUUGAUUUCAAUACCUUGGCUCAUGGCGACUUCUGGUCAAGCAAUUUGAUGUCUAAUUAUUUUCCAGAUGGGAAUAUAGAUCAGCUGAUAUUGGUUGAUUUUCAGAACUGUGCAUGGGGCAGUCCAGCCUUGGAUCUGUUAUUCUUUAUCACAUUAACCGCAGCUUGUGAUAUUCGUAUCAAGGAAUUCGAUCAGUUCAUCUGCAUCUAUUGGGAGCGUUUAACUGAGUGUCUAAAGCUAUUGAAGUAUCAGAAGCCAUUGAUCAAGUUACGGGAUCUACAAGCUUCUCUCUAUAAGAAGUACAAUUCCUUUUACGCUUUCUUUGCUCUCUUCAAUCACCUGCCCGUGAUUCUCUUUCCCAGCAAUAAGGACAGCAAUCUACACUGCCUGAUGUCUGACACCGAAGAAGGCGAAAACUUACGACUGCGGCUUACCUCCAAUCCCAUUUAUGGUAAUGUGAUGAAGGACUUGUAUCCAUUUUUCUACAAUCGCGGCUUGUUCAAUUUUAAUGAUUAUGAAACUGAAUGA